AUGAGAUCAAGUUUAGGAUUAAGAAGUGAAGUAGGAUCAGAAAAGAGAUCAGAGAUCAGGAGAAAUAGAGCCAAGGUUAGGAAAAGAUCAGGAGAAAAGGAGUCAAGGAACCAGGAUCUGGAUAAGGAGCAGGAGAGAAGGAACCAAGAUCAGGAUCCGUAUCAGAAGAUAUGGAACCAGGAUCAGGAUCAGAAGAUAUGGAACCAGGAUCAUAAUGAGGAUAAGGAGAAAAGAAACCAGGAUCAUAAUGAGGAUAAGGAGAGAAGGAUCCAGGAUCAGGAUGAGGAUCAGGAGAGAAGAAACCAGGAUCAGGAUGAGGACCGGGAGAGAAGGAAACUUGAUCAUGAUAAGAAUCAGGACAGAAGGAACCAGGACCAGGAUAAGGAUCAGGAGAGAAGGAACCAAGAUCAGAAUGAGGAUCAGGAGAGAAGGAACCAGGAUCAGGAUGAGGACCGGGAGAGAAGGAACCAGGAUCAUGAUAAGGAUCAGGAGAGAAGGAACCAAGAUCAGAAUGAGGAUCAGGAGAAGAACCAGGAUCAUGAUGAGAAUAAGGAGAGAAGGAACCAGGAUCAUGCUAAGGAUCAGGAGAAACGGAACCAGGAUCAUAAUGAGGAUAAGGAGAGAAAGAACCAGGAUCAUGAUAAGGAUCAGGUGAGAAGGUACCAGGAUCAUGAUAAGGAUCAGGUGAGAAGUAACCAAAAUCAGGAUAAGGAUCAGGUGAGAAGGUACCAGGAUCAGGAUGAGGAUCAGGAAAGAAGGAACUAA